AUGGAUUUCUCGCACUUCCCGCCCACCGCCGAGCUCGUAGAGGACCUGGAACUGCUUAAGCAUCCCGAAGGAGGUUACUUCGCCGAGACGGAUAGGCAGGAGCAAAUGGUGCCGAGUCCAUUCGCAAAUGGCCAACUGCGCCCACUUUCGACGACGAUAUACUAUCUUCUCACUCAUGAUAGCCCUAACGGUUUCAUUCACAUGAACAAGUCUGCUACCAUGCACGUAUUACACCACGGACGCGCAGAGUACACCCUCAUCCACCCGCCCACAUCCACAUCUCCAGCGCGCGUCGAACGCGUCGUCAUUGGACCCAACGCCCGUGCAGGCGAAGUGCGCCAGCUACUGGUUGGCACGGGUGUCUGGAAGAUGUCGCGCUUACUAGCUGAAGAUCUGAAGUCGGCGGACAAAGAGAAGGUCGGAUGUUUGAUCAGCGAGGUCGUGUUCCCGGGCUUCCACUGGGAGGACCACGCGUAUCUGAAGCGCGAGCAGUUGGAUGAGCUGUUUGAGGGGGUGGAGGGUGGUGAGCUCUGGAUGAAGGAGUUGGCGAACUUCGUCAAGGCGGCAUGA